AUGAAAUACCUGCACAACUCGGCCGCCCAAUCGCACGGAUACCUAAACUCCGAGAACUGUGUGAUCGACAGCCGCUGGCUAUUGAAGUCACUGGAGAUGGACGACACGGUCGACGCCAAUGAGUUGCUGUGGUUUGCGCCGGAAUUGCUCCGAAAUAACCACCUUUUCUGGAGCGGCUCUCAAGAGGCAGACGUCUACAGCUUUGCUAUCAUUAUGCAGGAAAUACUCGUCAGAGACAAACCCUACUCGACGUUCGCCAAACACUUGUCCACAAUGGAUAUCAUCAACAGGAUUAUGAGCGAGUCGUCCGAUUCUGCAUUCAGACCCCAAUUAGACGGUCUCAGCGAUAGCGUACCCAAAGAUAUCAUACAAUUAGUGGACAGGUGUUGGCAGGAAAGGCCAGAGGUCAGGCCUACGUUUAAUAGGAUUUCCGAUGAGUUCGUUAAGUUCUUGGGUGAGAGAAACUAUGUAUUCAUUAGAGAUAAAAGUAUUGUGGACUCCAUGUUAGUGAAGAUCGAGAAAUACGCCAACAAUUUGGAGGAUUUGGUGAAAGAGAGGACAAUAUGUCUGGAGGAGGAAAGGAGGAAGACUGAGACACUUCUCUAUAGAAUGCUUCCCAUUUCCGUAGCUAAUAAUUUGCGAAAUGGGCGACAAGUGUUACCUGAGAAGUAUGACAAUGUGACCAUAUUUUUCAGCGAUAUUAUUGGCUUUACCACUAUCGCCUCGUUCAGUGAGCCUUUGGAAGUCAUAACAAUACUAAACGAUCUCUACAUAGCUUUCGACGAAAUCGUACAGAAUUUCGACGUCUAUAAGAUUGAAACCAUUGGCGACGCCUAUAUGGUUGUGUCCGGUAUUCCCAAUCGAAAUGAGGAUCACUCGGAACAGAUAGCGUCGAUGGCACUGGAAAUCCUGCACUUUUGCUUGCAAUUUAAGAUGAGACACAUGCCUACCAUUCCGCUCAGAUUGAGAUGCGGAAUACAUACGGUAGUCGGUGGAGUUGUGGGCAAUACUAACCCCAGAUAUUGUCUGUUUGGCGACACCGUUAACAUAGCCUCGAGAUUGGAGACAACGAGCCAACCCUAUCGCAUACACAUAAGCAAAGCCACUGAAGAAAGGCUUAAGAGGAGCGGAGACUAUAUUAUUGAAUACAGAGGAGAGAUAACACUAAAAGGCCGUGGCAAACAGCCCACGUAUUAUCUAACGGGAAAGCGUGGUUUCGAUAGAAUACUACCGGUGCCCACCGAGGAUGAGUUAAUGCUCUUAUUACUGUAUUACUCUGUCUUCGCUUCCCCUCCACUGCCACUCUCGUCAUCCCUUUCCUCGCUAUCAGUCCUCUCAUCGGAUCCCAUUUCGACGCCGGCAUCCCUGUCCUCAUCCAUCUCCGUACUCUCGAUGAUGUUCUCGUGUUUGGGCACCUCUUUGCUCACAAUACUCUUAAUAUCGGAGAUCUGGAACCGAUGGAAAGGCGACUCAUUCCUCCUGUUAUCGUAA